GAAUUUUUUAGUUCUUUUAUUUUAUUAUUUUGAUUCUAAUGAUGCCUAAAAUGCACCUUUGUUAAUACAAAAGAAAACUCAUUUGGAUUGGCUGAGGGCCUUUGGAAGGUGUCGAGAGACCAUCAAGUGAAUGUACUUGCUCGUUGAAACUCACAGUGCUCGAAAAUGAUGUAGGCACUAAAAUUCUUUAUGAAAGACCACUGUAGUUGCGACAGGUAAGUUGCACACAACAUUUAGUCAUAUGCCGUACCAGGAUGACACCGAAAGUGCAGUGCGUAAAUAACUGUGUGCCUUGUUGAAAGCAUAAUACCAACGUAGCUUAUCUAAAAUGGCACUGAAAUAUGGAUAAUCCCAAUGCCAUUUUUCAUGGAAUGCUUCUAGCCACAAGAGGUCUAUUAUUGGCUUCCAAGAGAUUCCUGUAGUAACGUAAGAAUAAUUACAGAAAGUCUUAAAUCCAAGGCACCGUGCGUUGUCAUUGGUACGAAGUACCUAACAUAUAUUAUUAUGUGAAUGAUUUUGGUCGAAUUCUUUAUAAGCAUUUUAGUUCAUUUAUCGCUACUAUUGAUCAGUUUCUGUAUGCCAUUGUGUUGCUGGGGACAACAAUUUAGUUGAACCCCAGAGUAGAUCUACCGAACCGUGAAAUCAUGGGGAUACUUGGCUACACAAUUUUGCUCGGCUAUUGAGAUGGAUUCAACUAAAGUGUAGAUGCCAUGGGGAAGAAGGAGGCAGGAAAACAGCUUAGUUUUGAUUAGAAGCUUGAAUAGGUGAAUUUGACAUUUUACAAAGUACAAAAGUUUAUUUGAUUGAUGUCAGCUUUCUAUUAUUUUGCUGAGAUAUCUUAACUCUGCGUUUCCUGGGUGAACAAAAACUAUUUUACUAAUCAAUACUAUAACAUCAUGUAAAGAAAAACAAUACUUUGUUAAGAAGCUUUUUUGUGGGGUAGUGGUCUGAAGGACUUACUUUGUUACAUGGCCUUCACAACCAUUCAGGCUAUAUUUUCCCCACUUAUAUACAUUUUUUAUUCAUAAACAGAUCAUAUUUAAACCAACUUUGAAAAGCUCAAUGAUAUUGUUAAAAGUUAAACUAAAAUAAUGAACCUAGUUUUUGAAGAUCACCCACAACCUAUGCCCUUGUGCUUUCUUCAGAAUUUUCUGAUAGAGAGCUGUAAUUCUGUUCAACAGCGUCACGUUUCAACCAAAUGGCGAUGGUAUGUGGAGAAAAUGGAAUCAAGUCUCAUUUUCUACGUUAUUUAAUUUCCCCCAAUAUCAAAAAAGAAUAUGGUACAUAUAUUCCGAUGUUAAUGGUACUAAAACCGAAUAUAGGUCAUUGUGGUUGAGUCCUAUUUAACGUUCAUAUUAAAUUUCACUUUUUAUUUUAUAAACAUAACUAAAAGCCUGCCAAUUUUCUACGCUAAACAGUUUAUAUAUCAAAAUACUUUUUAUUUCACCACAAUAAUGUUGCACGGUAAGAAUCCUACACAAAAUGAGGAUAGUGACAAUGAGGUACCGCCGUAUGACAAAGCUGAAGCCAUUGCUCGCGAAUAUGAGGAAUCUCAGCAUGAACGCUCAGGCCACAAAAAGCAAGUUGACAUUCCAAGUCACCAAAUUAAGCCAAAAUCAAUCCGAUAAAAUUUUGUGACCUGUAAUGUUUACUAUAGGGUUAUUAUUAUUAGUAUUAGUAUAAUUAUUUAACAAGCACUAUUUAGUGCUUAAAAGGGGAAAAGUUCAUUAUGAUACAAAUUCGAUACAAGAAUGUCAAAUAUAAUAUGAAUGUUAUGGUGCUAAAAAAAGAUAUAAUAAUUUUUUUCAGUGGAAAUGAAUCUUUAACUUCUACGCUAUUGUCUGACAAAAUUGAUAAAAGUCACCGUUUACUAACCGCAACGUUUUUUUGUUGGUGUUCUUUGAAUCUAUUUGUCUGUCUAAUAUGUGAAUCCUUUAGUUUUCUCAUUAUUGCGUGUGUAGGUAUCUUAAAAAUUUGUUUUUUUCUUUUUGUACUAGUAGAUUUUAAAAUCAAAUGCACUUUUCUAAGGUCGAUGAUUCGACAGAGCUUAUCAGUGAAUUAAAAGCACUCAUUGCUAGCGGUGGUCAAGUAGGACCUCUAGAUGAACGGAGAGUCCGAAAUGUGGUGGAAUCAAUAAAAGAAUCUUAUGAACAUCUUUGUUCCAUCAGAACUAAUCCUUAUGGUGAUGUGAAACAGCCAUACUACGCAAGUCCAAUGAGUUAUUACAAAGCCAAGUAUCUACGUGACAAGCGCUGCUUACUUACUUAUCUGCUUUGGAGGCAACAACAAAUCACUAAUGCAUGGUGGUCAGCGCGGGAUAAUUCCUUGUUGCCUUGCUUAUCGCCAGCAGAAGUCCAUUUCCUUGAAGAAUACGACAGCGUGAUGGUUGAUUAUAUUACUUCUUUUGCGGUCCCUCUUGAUUUAAGAGCCUUUAUAUGGAGGCCUCCUUCAACGCAGCAACUGGAAGUGCGUGGUCUUGUAAACCAUAUGUUCGUUUCUCCAGUAAGUGGAAACACGAUUAGCAUUUACACUGGCAAACAACUACUGCUGAGCUUUGAGGAUGCCGAGGCACUUCUUCAGCAAAAAGCUGUAGAGAUCGUUUAAAACUUAGAUUGCGCCCGCGGGCUAAUUCACACUACCAGUCUAUUAGUAUGUGUUGAUUCUAAGAACAAUAGAUCCACCCUUAGAUUUAUGCAUAUAACUGUUACAUGUGCACGAUUCAUACAAUUCUUAUUAUUAUUAUAAGCAUGUGCGUUUUUGGAU